AUGGUUUUUGACCUGUUUACUCCUCUUACCUAUGGAAGAGGUGGUGCAUUGCGUCAGACCUGUCUUCAGGCCAGGAACCCAAGGAGAAGUGAAAAAUUCUGUUUUUACAGCUCAGCCCAUGACAAUGUGAAUAAAGUUCGUGUGGCCAUCAAAAAGAUCAGCCCUUUUGAACACCAGACAUACUGCCAGCGAACUCUGCGUGAGAUUAAAAUCCUGCUGCGCUUCAAACAUGAGAAUAUCAUUGGCAUCAAUGACAUCAUCCGAGCCCCCACCAUUGACCAGAUGAAAGAUGUAUACAUUGUACAGGACCUGAUGGAAACAGACCUGUAUAAAUUGCUGAAGACUCAGCAUCUUAGCAAUGAUCAUAUCUGUUACUUCCUGUAUCAGAUCCUGCGAGGGUUAAAGUACAUCCACUCUGCCAAUGUCCUUCAUCGGGAUCUCAAACCAUCCAACCUACUGCUCAAUACCACCUGUGACCUGAAGAUCUGCGAUUUUGGUCUGGCACGUGUGGCUGACCCAGACCAUGAUCAUACUGGGUUCCUGACAGAAUAUGUUGCCACCCGUUGGUACCGAGCACCUGAGAUUAUGCUCAACUCCAAGGGAUAUACCAAGUCGAUUGAUAUUUGGUCAGUAGGCUGUAUCCUGGCAGAGAUGCUCUCCAGUAGACCCACCUUCCCAGGAAAACACUAUUUGGAUCAGCUCAACCAUAUCCUUGGUAUUCUUGGCUCACCCUCUCCAGAGGACCUGAACUGUAUAAUUAAUGUCAAAGCCAGAAACUACCUGCAGUCUCUGCCUCACAAGAACAAAGUUCCUUGGAACAGACUGUUCCCGAAGGCUGAUGGGAAAGCUUUGGAUUUAUUGGAUAAAAUGUUGACAUUUAAUCCACACAAGAGGAUUGAAGUGGAAGCAGCUCUUGCUCAUCCUUACCUGGAACAGUACUAUGACCCCAGCGAUGAGCCUAUCGCAGAAGCACCCUUUAAGUUUGAUAUGGAGCUGGAUGACCUACCCAAGGAGAAGCUGAAGGAGCUGAUCUUUGAGGAGACAGCCAGGUUUCAACCCCUCUAUCAGCAUUCCUAAACUACAGGCGCCCUUGCAUACAGGGCCAGGACUGCAGGACUGGAUGUGCACAGAGUUCGUUUGUUUCUAACUCCUGAAUCCUGUCUCAUGCAUCUCAGCUUAUUCAUUGUACUCUCUCUAAAAUUUCUGCCGUGGCACCUGUAACGUGGAGGUUGUCCAUUCUGGAAGCCAUGGCGGUUGUUUUCUUGCUGUGGACUCUUUCUCAACUCGGGGGCGAAAAUUCACACUCCAGCUGUAUUUGUGUUUGAAAGAUGUACAGCCAGCGUGUGCCCACUUAGUAAUCUACAUCCUAUGUAACUUAGCGAUGAUGUUUGAAAGAAAGCAGGACUGGCAUUUUGAGCUAUUACACAAAUUAUGGCAGACAUGUCUGAUUUCAAUAAGCACUUCAGUUUAGUUUUUUUAAUGCACUUUGAGAAAUAUCAAAGUAUAACUGAUCAUUCAGUAUUACAUCUGCUCAGUGUCUAGUCACAUCAGUGACUGGUCUGUCAUUUCAGAUCUUUAAAUGCAUUGUGUGGUUUUUCUAAACCUUGCUUGCUUGUUUCAGUGAGAUCUCCCAAGGUUUAAUGAAGUGUUUAGAUUUCCAAUGAAAGGAACAAUGAGACUGUAACCUGCAUUCUUUUAAACCAGUGUUGCUCUGUUGUUUGGUUGUAUAGAUUGUGUGUACUUGUACACUUUAAAGAAGGCUGCCGUGCCAAGGUGGUUCCCUCACUAAUAAGUCUUUUAUAGAUUUAAAAGUAAAUUACUGGUGUAUAUCCCUGAAAUAUUAGUUAUGUAAUGUUGAUGUAUAUCAAAGACACUGUUGUCUUUUACUCUGAUUUUGUUUUAAUAACAUUCCUUUCAAUACAUUGAAAGAAACUAACUUGAUUCCAUUUCAGAAGCUUCGACUUACUAACGUGCAUCCGAGUUUAAAGUCUUAUCUGGUCCGUAAGUGGGUUCUGCCUCACAUUGUCCUGCAACAGUUUUCUGUAUUACACAGUAAUAACUGGCUCGAUCAAAGGAAGUACAAAUGGAGGAUGCUUUAGCUUGAGAAUGUUUGAUCAGUUGUGAAGGAAGCCUCUGUGAGUGGGUCUCCUUGAGAGCAACUUAGAAUUCUAAGACCCUGUGUGCUUUUGCCAUUUGAGAAUGAAGGGUGCCGUAAAGAUUCCUAUCCCUUUUCUGUGUUCGCAGAGUGUUUGUGGAUGAAGCCUGUACAAUGUGGAGCUUUCUUAGCUAUAUUUGAAUUCAAAGUGCAGUGCCUGAUCCUUAGUCUCGAAACCUAUUGUGGUGACAAUUGCCUUGUACAAUUACCGUGUCCAAGCAUGACUGUUAAGCUUUGUAUACAAAGACUGUCCAAGUGCCACUCUCACACUCACACUCUCUCACACUCUCUCUCUCACACUCUCUCUCUCUCUCUCACACUCUCUCUCUCUCUCUCACACUCUCUCUCUCACACUCUCUCUCUCACUCUCACUCUCUCUCUCUCACACUCUCUCUCUCACACUCUCUCUCUCACACUCUCUCUCUCUCUCUCACACUCUCUCUCUCUCUCUCACACUCUCUCUCUCUCUCACACUCUCUCUCUCUCUCACACUCUCUCACUCUCUCUCUCUCUCUCUCUCUCUCUCUCUCUCUCUCUCUCUCAGACUCAGAUGAGUAAAUCUUAUUGCUUCUCAAAGCUUCAUCCUAAUCCUCAUCGGUUUCCUCUCGGGUUUGCUUCCUGUAUAAAUCAUGUAACAAUUAGAUUUGUUCCUUUCUUUAAAAACAAAAUGCCGCCUUUUGCAGACUUUGUGAUGUAACUGUAUAGAGCACUCUGUUUCUAUCAUGUAACUUGUUCAGUUGGCUUUUUUGUUCUGAUUGGUCUAAAUACCUGAUAUAAUAAAUGGAAAAGCGGUUAUGGUUAGUUUUUAAAAGGAAAAACCUUUGCAACAAUAGGUGUCAAAAUGUGAUGUAACCGCAUAGACAUACCUGAUUGUAUUGUGACUGGUAUUGGAUUAAGCAUAUUAUAUAUAUGGACAAACUUGUAGGUACAAAGAUUUAUUUUGCCUUAAGUUUUUUUUUCAAUGUUAUAUAUGUAAACAAAUUUUAACCUGUUAAUGAAUGUUCAUUUUUGUUUCUGGCACAUACAGCUCUUGUAAAAUUCUUUAAAUUGGUGUCUCCCUGCAUCUUUUAAAUACAGUAUGUUCUAUACACAACUUCCCAGUGAGUGCACAACUAAUCUCUUUAUUUCUGUUAAUUUCUAUGUUGCACAUAUAUAUGUCCAUCAGACUUAAGAUUUUUGUUUUCUGGUCUCCUGCAUUUUGUAAUGAAAGUGAAGGGUAUAUGCAGUCAUUGCUGUGUUAUGUUUGCUCUUGGCUGAAGAGAGUCAGGGUUACUAAAACAUCAGCCAUUUGUGAUCAAUACUGACCCCAGCCAGACCUUGCAAUGAUGUAAUGCAGCAGCUCGUAGCCUGGCAAUAAAGAAGUUUCAUGUGCUAGAGGGUUAGCUGAAAGAAGAGCCAGCUGUGACCCAAGUACAGUUUUGACAAAUUGAUUUGGGGUGGGGGCAGAGACACAGCUAUUUAACUGACUUAGUUGGUCACACUGGAGAAGCCAUGGCCUAGUGGUAUUAUCGCUGGACCGUUAAUCCAGAGAUCCAGGUAAUGUUCUGGGAAUCUGGGUUCAAAUCCCACCAUGGCAGAUGGUGGAAUUUGAAUUCAAUAAACAUCUGGGAUUAAGAGUCUAAUGAUCACGAAUCCAUUGUCAAUUUUUGGAAAAACCCAUCAGAUUCACUAAUGCCCUUUAGAGAAGGAAGCUGCCAUCCUUACCUGGUCUGGCCUACAUGUCACUCCAGACCCACAGCAAUGUGGUUGACUCUGAACUGCCCUCUGGGCAAUUAGGGAUGGACAAUAAAUGGUGGCCUAGCCAGUGAUGCCCUCAUCCCGUGAAUGAAGAAAAAUUUACACAAGCACUAUUUGAUAUGUUGGACAUAGUGUCAAGGUACAAUUUGUCAAUUUAACAAGUAAGCUGUAUAUAAGUGGAAUGUUUCUGCAUACUGUCCUGAGGUCUGAUUAUGCAAUUAGGCAUUGUUCCAUCUCCAAUGGAAUGUAUAGUGAGGAAUCAGGAGAUUGCACUUGUACAGUAAACGGGGACAAUUUCUGUUCACGAUAGUGAAGCUUCAGUUUAAAAAGGAACUUUUGGAUGCUGUAAAGCUUCUACCACCAAGUAGAAGUUGUUUCCAUCUUUUCCAGGCAGUCAACCAAUUACAUAGAAUCCCUGGAAUGUGGAAGCAGGCCAUUCGGCCCUUCAAGCUUCACCAACCCUCCGAAGAACACCCUACCCAGACCUACCUUGUUACAUGGUAAGUGUGACCCUGCAUUUACCAUGGCCAGUCCACCUAGCCUGCACAUCUUUGGACUGUGGGAGGAAACCAGAGUACCUGGAGGAAACCCACGCAGAUACAGGGAGAAUGUGCAAACUCCACACACAGUUGCCCAAGGUUGGAAUUGAACCCAAGUCCUUAGUGCUGGGAGGCAGCAGUACUAACCUACUGAGCAAUACUAAGAGCAGAAUGGAGGGAUGAGAAGGUAAUUCACUUUUUCCCCCACAAGAAUCCAUGAAUUAAAAUAGUUUACAGAUUGAUUACAAUGUUCAAAAAUGUUUAGCGUGACAACUCAGUGAAAACCUAUUUAACAGAAUUCUAUUUUUUAAAAAACUAUACCUUUUUUGAUUUAUUCUUUUUUCAAUUGAAAUGUUAGUUCAUUCUGCAGGUAUGUCAUAACGUCUGCUUGUUGCUUUGCCUGGGUCACCACUUCUCAAGUGAGCGGAGUUGGUCAGUAUCCUUUAGCUGAAGGAGGGCAGCAGGUACAACCUGGCGAUCUAUUUUGUUGGGUAUUUUUCUGAUCCCCAUUCCCCAGAGGCACUGACACAUCUGGCUAUAAGUGUCAUUUAUUGAAUGAACAUGUUGGCCAAAGGGUCAGUGACCAAUCUGUUGCUUUUUACCAAUCUUGUCUUCAGCUGACUACAGUACAAACCUGACCUGGUUGUUCCGUUUUAACAUGUUUAUAGGUUGCUGCUGAGGCCAGGAAUUUGUCACCUUUGUUUGCAGAGAUGGUUGGGAAGUGAUCGCUGGACUAAUUAUCUGGGAACCCAGGCUCUCCACUGUAGAAACAUGGAUUUGAAUCCCACCAUGGCAAGUGGUGAAAUUUGCAUUCAGUAAAAAUCUGGAAUUAAAAGCUACUCUAAUGAUGACAUGAAAUCAUUGCUGAUUCUUGUAAAAGCAUUCUGGUUCACUAGUAUCCUUAGGAAGGGAAUCUGUCCUAUUCUGGCUUAAAGUUACUCCAGACCCACCACAAUGUAGGUGACUGUUAACUGCCCCCUGAAAUGGCCCUAGUAAAUCACUACAUUCAAGGGGCAAUUAGGGAUGGGUAAUACUAACCCAUGCAGUGAUGGCCACACCCCAUGAACAAAUAAAGAAACAGACGGCAGUUGUUCGAGAAGGCAGCUCUCUUCCACCAUUCCCAAGGGGAAUUAGGAAUAAGCAAUAAUAUGCUGGCCAGCCAGCAAAGGCAAAUUUCGCAGAGUGAAUUUGACAAAAAUAUUGACAUACAAGAGCAAUUGUUGCUUGUGGAUUUUGCACAGUGGUCAAAGUGGACAAUGAGGGGGAACACUCAAUUUCUGUUCAAUGUAACUAACGAAGAAUAGUUCUGCAAUUACUGAUAUCUUAGAACUGUUGAAACUGGUCUACAAUUACAAAAGAAUUGCUACCUAACUGUACCAAGGUUAUGAACAAUGUAAACUCGGGUGGAUGAGUUGAUGACUUUUACCUCUUGCAUUAACUGGUGAGAACCAGUUUGGCUGGAAAAUAAUCUAACAUGCAAAUUUCUAAAUUUAGUCAGUGAACAUAUUAACACACAUCCUCAUCCAAUUACCUUUUAUCUCAUCCGGUCAGAGAUGCCUAAAUUGCUGAGCCCACCAACCCAAGAACCAUCUGGGUGGUGAGCAACAAGAGUAAAGUUUUUACAGACUGCUGGUUAGGCUGCACACAACCUGGAAAAGGUAAUCCACUGCUGCACAUUUUUAGAGUCUUUCAAAUGGAUACUAUACCGGAAUGUGGUUUAAGGUGACCACCAGGGUUGUUUAAGUGGGAAGUUAAGGACUAACAUCAUUAUCAGACAAUGCAAAUAAGGGGUGUAAAAAUUCAAGCCAUCUAUUUUGUGUCUCACUAAUGUCUGUUUCAAUGACCUGAAGCGAUCACAAACAUGAUUGGAAGGAAGAUUAUUUCUCUAGCAAAAUGCAGUAAGUAGGGAGUAGUUGUAUAGUACAAAUUAUAUGCAUUAUAUAAUUAUAUGCAUUAAUUCAGCCCUGGCUGCUUGCAGCAACAUAGUCUCUAGGUUUCACAAUCCCUAUUCUGUUGGACAUUGCUAUCACUUUAUAGACCCCAAAAGAAUUGUCCCAAACUGUUUAGUACUGUCACAGGUCUUUGCAUUGCUAAAUUAGUCAUUGUUGAGCUAGUUUUUAGGCUGUUAAAUACUUGCAGCAAUGUUAAACUUGACUGUCAAUGUUCUACUGCAGAAUGUCAAUACUUCUCAUUUGUGAAUUAAACGAUUGUUUAAACAUUUGGAUCUUUGAGUCAGAUGUACCUGAGGAGAAAAAGAGACCAAGUAUGUCUAGUUUAAGCAGAAGAUUGACUUCAUGUGCCCAAAGCAUGUGAUUUGAUCAGAACAUUCAACUAAAAUUCUAACAGUAGGCUGCUCCUCAGCUGGGCUUCAUGUCACAUUCUCUACUCAUCAUCACGAGAUAUAAAGCUCUCUGAAACUUGACCUUCAAGUGCUAAGAGGAUUUUAUUUUAAGCUUUGACAACAUUUGGCGAUUCCAAACUACUCGUAGCACAAGCCUCUUUUGACUUGUAUGUUUGCACAUGCCUGAAGCUUUUGUUCAGAUUAGACAUUGAUGGGCAACUUUAAAUAUGAAGAUUUAAUCAGUGAAAUAAAAAUCAUUUGGUCUUGA